UCUCCUUAAGAAGAAACAGUAACAGAAGCGCGGAGCAGAGAGAUGACAGUGCGGUGGCCGAAACGAAAAUGGAGAAGAAUGUGUUCAUUAGGUCUAAUCCUUAGAGGAGGUCGUGGGUUUCGAUCAGAUGCAGCUCUAGAAGCAAUAGCCAAAGCUGGUGAAGACAGAGUACAAAACUUGGUGCUAUACAAUUACCCAUCUUUUUCAGGGGCAUUCUCAGCUCUCUUUGCUCAUCUCUUCCACUCUCGGCUCAAUCUCCCUUGCCUUCUCCUGCCUUUCUCUUCAGUUGAACCCUUCAGGGUUGAAGAUUUGUGCAUUGAUGGGCUUGAGAGAGUUUAUCUCCUUGAUUUUCUUGGUCCAAAAGGAUAUGCUGCACAACUUGCACAACGAAAUAUAUGCGAGGUGAUUGGCUUCGAUCAUCGAAAAUCUGUACUUCCACAUAUUAAAGAGGAUCAUCCCAAGAAAGUCACAUUUUAUGCUGACCUUGAUAAGAGUAGCUCCACUGCUGUAUAUGAAUAUUUCUCUUCCAAGCUUGUAGAGAUGAAACCUGUUGAGGGGGAAGUUGCCAGUUUACUGAAUUCAGAAGAGCAGGAUCGUCUGAAAAUUGUUCUCAAGUACAUUGAAGAUAUGGAUCUUCGUCAAUGGAGCUUGCCAGACAUAACUGCUUUCAGGAUUGGGCUAAAUGAAUGGCACUCAAAGUUGAAUUGCAUUACUAAUCCAUAUAUUUAUGAACAGUUAUUGGAGAUAAGUGCCACCGAUCUGAUUUCAAAGGGAAAUUCCUAUAUUUCUGCUCGCCAAAGUGCUGCAAAUAAGUUAUUGGAUAAGGUUUUUAGAGUUUGGCUGGGCAGAGGUUUUUAUGGAGAAUGCCUGGCAGUUAGAGCUGAUGGGAGUUCUAACUUGAGCGAUGAAAUUGGCAAGCAACUUAGUGUUAAGAGUGCUGCAGCUGGACUGAGGCCCGUAGGAGCUGUUGUAUACAUGCAACGUAAUAAUCUUAAGAUGUGCUUGAGGAGUACUGAUAGCACUACUGAUACUUCUGAAAUUGCAAAGGCUUAUGGAGGAGGUGGCUCUGCUAGUUCUAGCUCCUUUAUCAUAAGAAUGGAUGAGUAUAAUAAGUGGCUUUUGGUAAAUAAACCAUAAUGGCCUCAAGGUGC